GUGUGGGAUUUAUUUGCACGCCUGCUGUUUGUGGAAGACAUUUCAUUCUAUGUAGGAGAAGAAUUUUGUCCGGCUUCUGAACGUGCGCCUAUAGAAGCAUGCCUCUUUGGCAUUCUGAUAGAAAAAUCCACUAAUGAACUUGCCAUUAUGUCACUCAGGGAGACUGGCACAGAAAUAAAAGCCUUUUUAGUCAGCAUCAACUUGGGACAGUACCUUACAAACUUUACUGACUUUGGCUAUAACGCUUUGCAAGAUUGUGUGGGAAUAAAUGACAGCAUACUUCAGCACAUUGGAAUAUCACCUACGGGGCACCGCAGACGAAUUCUCAAGCACUUGGAGGCCAUGUUUACAAAAAUGCCAGAAACAACUGCAUCAGUUAAAAGCUGCUAUUCCAGGCAUCUUCUCAAUCCAAACAGCAAUGAAACAGCUGGUGGGCCAUCUGAUGAACACACCAAUACAGCUUGUGGCAGUAAUUGUGAAAAAAAUCCUGAGUAUGCAUCCCAUGUCUCGUUGGGAGUCACAGGUAGUACAGUUUUGGAUUUGGACUCUGCUAGCUCAUUUUGUCCAGACUUGUUGACAGAUCCUGCCAUUGUUCCAGGAAAUGCACUGAAAAAUGUGAUGUCUGAGAAGACAUCUUGUAUGGAUAAUUAUCUUAAGAAAGGAGAGCCAGAAGCUUUUGAGUUUCAGCUUAAUGCCACUCCCAAAGAAGGAUCUCAGUCUUCUGCUUUCCCUCCCUUUGAGAAGAAAACGCGUGAGGAGGAGCAUCAGCCCUUAUCACGGUUGGAAACUUUGUUCGAUGAUCUGCAGGAGACACCGUUCUUUGAGUUCAAAGGUGAAAUGGUGGAAAAUUAUUUGUAUGAUACUUGUGCCCAGAGUCCAUCAAAAGUAGGCCCUAGGCAAACACGAUCUUUCAAGCUUCGUCACCGUCCUGUUCCAGAAAUACCAGAUGCUUCCGCAGUGGCAACUUCGAAUAGCUCUCGACGUGAAAGAAAAAGCAUGAAUGGUUUAAGUAUCCAUUGUUCUGAGAGUCGUAUUUCAAAAAGCAGAGAUGUAGCUGAAGAAAAGCCACCCCCCAUUUCUCCAUAUGGAGAGACCUUCCUUAUGAAUCCUUCUGAAGACAUGGAAAUCUACAGCGAGGAACCUUCAGAUAUGUCAGAAGAGAACAAAGAGAAGAAAAGUACCAUAAGCAAAACAGGUUUGCCUACUAGUAAUCAAAAUCAGAAAAUCUCUGAAAACGUAAAAGACAAUGGAGUAGCAUCCCGAGGAGACAGAAGUGCCUCUCUGAACAGAUUUGCCGGUGAAGCGGAGUCCUCUUUGAUGAAAGAAUGCUCUCGAUAUGCUUGGAGAGGAAAAUAUAAACCAUCAAAGGUCCUCGGGGAGUUCAGGAGUGGGAAUCUGGAUCUUGAUGCUAAAGACCAGAUGCCUUCUCCCCAGGCUGUUUGUGGUGGUGAAUUGGUCACUGGCUGCAAGGACACAAUUACACCUUAUGCCUGCUUUUAUGCCCCAGCAGCAAAGAAAGUUAAAGAAGGUUGGCUGGAUAAACUCUCUCCUCAGGGGAAGCACGUGUUCCAGAAACGCUGGGUGAAAUUUGAUGGCGAAAGCAUGUCUUAUUAUAAUAAUGACAAGGACAUCUACUCCAAGGGCAUAAUUCUUCUCUCCGCAAUAACUACAGUCCGAAAGCAUGGAGACAACAAGUUUGAAGUGGUGACAGCACGUAGAAUAUUUGUCUUCAGGGCUGAAAAGGAAGAUGAACGAAAUGACUGGGUAACUACCAUCAUUAGUGCUCUGCAGUCCCUACCUGAGAUUUCUCGAGUGCGAACAGCAGUUCCUCCAGAGAAAAGUGGGUAUCUGGAAUUGAAAGGAUACAAAGGCAAAAUCUUUACCCUGCUGCAAGGGAACAGCGUGUGGAUUUGCAAAAACAAUCAGGACUUUAAGUCUGGCUAUGGCAUUACAAUGAUACCUAUGAAUGUGGCUAAUGUGAGGCAGAUAGAUCGGACAGCAAAACAAUGUUUUGAAAUAAUUACACCUUAUCGAAGCUUUAGCUUUACUGCAGAAUCUGAGAAAGAAAAGCAGGAGUGGAUUGAAGUGCUGCAGCAGUCCAUUGCAGAAACUCUCUCUGACUAUGAAGUAGCUGAGAAGAUCUGGUUCAAUGAAUCAAACAGGACUUGUGCUGAUUGUAAAGCUCCUGAUCCUGACUGGGCAUCCAUCAAUCUCUGUGUCAUCAUUUGCAAGAAGUGUGCAGGGCAGCACAGAUCAUUGGGACCCAGAGAUUCAAAGGUCCGAAGUCUCAAAAUGGAUGCCAGCAUUUGGACCAAUGAACUCAUUGAGCUUUUUAUUGUGAUAGGUAACCAAAGGGCAAACAGCUUUUGGGAAGGAAAUCUUCAGCCAGAUGAGGAACUGCAUAUAGAUGCCCCAGCUGACAAGAGGCUAACUUUUAUUAUCCAAAAAUAUAAAGAAGGAAAAUUCAGAAAAACCACCCAGCUCUAUAAAACCAAGAAUGAGUUAAAUAAGGCUCUCUGUGCUGCAGUAGUUAAGCCGGAUGUAUUGGAAACAAUGAUGUUGUUGUUUAAUGGAGCAGAUGUGAUGUGUGCAACUGGAGACCCCGUGUGCAGUACCCCAUAUCUGUUAGCCAAGAAAUCUGGGCAGCGGUUGCAGAUGGAAUUCCUCCACCACAAUAAGUUUUCAGAUUUUUCAAAUUGUGAUGGCCAUUCAAACAACAUUUUCUGCCCCGAUUCAUCCUUACCUUCCUUCCUUUAUGAUAAUUUAUACAUCGUUUCCUUCAACACUCCAAAGCUGUUUAUUGAGAGAAAAAUAAAAGAAGAGUGCAGUAAGAGAUGGUGUGUCUUGGAAAGUGGCUUUUUGAGUUACUAUGAAAAUGAGAAGAUGGCUACUCCAAGUGGCAUGCUGGACAUCAGUGAAGUUAUCUGUCUUGCCCUUCAUAAGUCAGAUGGCUCCUUACCCAUGGGAGCUAUGUUUACCUUUGAAAUCUACUUACUGUCAGAACGUGUGUUUCUCUUUGGUGCCGAAACUGCGCAUAGUCAACGAAAAUGGACCCGGGCGAUUGCCAAGCACUUUGUACCUGAAUUGGCCAGAUGUCUUCAGGAGAGGGAUGCUGAUGUCAUUGGCCAGCUGUUCUACAAAGACUGCCAUAAUCUUGAUAAUUGGAAAAAAGGCUGGUUUGCUCUAGAGAAGACCAGCUUGUACUUUUGCCUAGAACUGGAAAAUUCUCACGAGAAAUCAAUGUAUCUAAGGCGACUCCAGGAAUUAACAAUCAGCAGCUGUGUCCAAAAUGGAGAAAAAACAGAUGUUCUGCUGCUGGUUGAGAAAGGAAGAACAUUAUAUAUCCGUGGCCACACAAAGUUGGAUUUCACAGUCUGGCAUACUGCAAUUGAAAAAGCAGCAGGUACAGAUGGCAACAUGUUAGAAGAUCAGCAGCUCAGCAAAAAUGACGUUCCGAUUAUAGUGAACAGCUGUAUUGCAUUUGUUACGCAGUAUGGUUUGGGAAGCAAACACAUCUACCUGAAGAAUGGAGAUCCUUCAUGUGUGAGGGAGCUUCUAGAAUGUUUCAAAAAAGAUGCAAGAAGUGUUAAGCUGAGGGCUGGGAUGAACCAGCUGGAAGAUGUUACUGAUACACUGAAAUGUUUUCUUUCUGAAAUAGAUGAUGCACUACUGACCAAAGAACUUUAUCCUUUUUGGAUUUCAGCAUUAGAUACGCUGGAUGACAAAGACAGGGUGAGAAAAUAUAGCACUUUUAUUCGAACUCUUCCACCCGUCAACAAAGCAACACUGGCAGCGUUAAUGGAACACCUUUACAGGGUUCAGAAAUGUUCAGAAAUCAAUCUCAUGGAUCCUCACAAUCUGGCGAUGGCUUUCUCAUCGUGCUUGUUUCAAACCAAAGGACAAACUAGUGAAGAAGUUGAUGUAAUUGAAGACUUGAUUAUAAAUUAUGUGCAGCUUUUUGAUGUCCAGCAAGAUCAAGUGAAGCAAAUGGACAUUGAGAACAGCUUUAUUACCAAAUGGAAAGAUACUCAAAUUUCUCAGGCUGGAGACUUGCUAAUUGAAGUUUAUGUGGAAAGAAAGGAGCCAGACUGCAGCAUUAUAAUAAGGCAGAUAUCACCAACAAUGGAGGCAGAAGAAUUGACUAAUGACGUCCUGGGAAUAAAAAACAUCACACCCCAUAAGGAUGAUACGUGGGCUACAUUUGAAGUGAUUGAAAAUGGAGAACUGGAACGUCCCUUGCAUUGCACUGAGAAUAUUCUAGAACAGAUCCUUCACUGGAGUUCUUUGGCCAGUCCCAGCAACGCAUGUCUUAUAAUAAAGAAGUUUCCAACAACAGCCAGGCUUAUGGGUGAAGUUUCCAAACAUUCAGUGAACCACUCUUCACCCAAGAUUAAUUUAGAGAAAACUUCAAAAGGCACUGUCAAAACCAGCUACCUGAAAUAUAAAGAAGAACCAUCCAAACUACUGUCUGCAAAUAAGUUUCAAGACCGUUAUUUUGUUUUGCGGGAAGGAAACUUGCGGCUUUAUAAGGACAUGAAGAGUAGCAAAGCUGAGAAAGUGUUUCCUGUCAAAUCACUGAAACUUUAUCUCGGGGUGAAGAAAAAACUGAAACCACCAACAAACUGGGGUCUAACACUGCUGUCUGAAAAGUAUAAUUGGUAUUUGUGUUGUGAUGGGCAGGAUUCUCAGCUAGAAUGGUUGAACAGCAUUUUCAUAGCCCAGCACAGUACUAUGUGUCCACCAAGCGGGAAGACAAGGAAGCAAUCUAUUACGAAAAAUCCAAAAAUUGGUGGCCUACCUUUAAUACCAAUUCAGCAGAACCAAAGUAUUCCCAAAGCUAAAGCCAACUUAUCCGAGAAUGCAGAAUUGGAAACUGGAAGCGACUUGGCUGAAGAUAAGAAAGGUUUAAAGAAACGAGUAUCACGGGUUGUUCAGUACAAGGAAUGUAAGGAGGAAAAAAUCUGGAAUCAUGCAAGGAAGCAUAGCAGCCUUAUCUGUUUGGAGGACAUGGGUGAAGACAUUGUGGACCUGGGCCAAAGGUCCUGCAAAGGAUCAGAAUCACCAAAGAAAAGGGAGACCAGAGAGAGAGAGACUCAUUUGAAAUCCAAUAAGCAGCUGCCAGCAAGUGUUAUUCAUGAGCUCCACACUGUCUUGCAGAGGACCAGAAUUCUCCACGAUGAGACUUAGAAGCAAUUCAGACAUGGACAUCAAAUAAAUGAAUUACAGUAUGUAGUUAAUGUACAGUGUACAGACUUUCUAUGUAUUUAAAUGUAAAUGCUGAACUAAAAGAGAUGGGGAGCUCUCUAUCGAUCUGAGAACCUUAAUAAUUUUGCACUGAUACCUGCCCUGCUCAGUUCCAAGAUUUAUUCCCCAAAAUAAUGUUGGCCAACACUUUCUUCCUUGCUUCUCAGCUGGACAUUACUGAACAUCAACUAAAAGUAUAGGAUGUGAAAAUAAUUCAAUAAUGAUAAUGCAUUCUCUUCC